CCGGGCGGGCGGGCGACAUGCAGCGGGACAGCGGCCAGGCUGCGGUGCCCACAGAAUUCCUUUUCCCACCUCCAAGUGGAACGGGCAGCCUACUACCCGGGAGCUCUGUGAUCCAGACCUCCUGCUGGGACCUGGCAUCUCUGCCCACGCCGCACAUUAUGCUGACUGACCCGGGGGACCCAAAGGAGCAGGACUCAGAGGAACCAAAGAAAAGGAAAGGAGGCUGGCCUAAAGGCAAGAAAAGGAAACCCCCGAAGGAUCUUGCUGUUCCCCGUGCUCCUACGACAGGUUACGUGAUAUUCCUGAACGAACAGAGGAGCCAGCUGAGGGCCCAGCACCCCAAUCUGCCUUUCCCGGAAAUCACGAAGAUGCUGGCUGCUCAGUGGGCUCAGCUCCCACAAGAAAAAAAGCAAAGGUAUGUCUGUGAGGCGGAUGAGGACAAGCAGCGCUACAUCCGCAAGCUGCAGGCCUACCAGAACUCUGAGGCUUACCGAGCCUUCCUGCGGAGGCGGACCGAGCUCAAGGUGCAGGCGCUGUGCGGAACAGGUGUGUCGGGACAUGAAUUUGAGGGCAAGGGCCUUGACUUCUCGGCAGUUGAUGGCGAUGAGAAUGAUGACCUGUACUGUCGGACCUGCAGGCAGUUCUUCAGUUCCCUGCAUAACAAGAGGGAGCACCUGCUGGGGAAGCAGCACCUGCAGAACCUCACAGGGAAAUUUGAAAAAGACUCUGCUGAGUGCUUGAAGCAUCUGGAGCUUCUGGAGGGAGAGGAAGGUCAGAAUUUGAACAAAGGGGACUCAGAGGAGGAAGCCGAGUAUCCUGACCCGCUUCUUCUCAGAGGCCUGAUUCCUGAGAAGGGUUUUGCUUCAUUUGACUUGUGUUUCUUGCAAGAGUUCACUUUUAAGCUUCUGCAAAUCAGAGAAUCUGAGCUCAGAGAGCUGAGGAAGACUCUAGAAAGAGCGCAAGCGGAGCAGGAGGCCCUGCAGAGGCAGCUGCUGGAGUUCCAGAACCGACAGCAGUGGCUGGAGGUGGAGCUGGCCGGCCUGAAGACCUAUGGGGUCGUCCUGGAGAAGGAGUUUGAGAACCUGAACAUGGUCAUCAUGCUGUCCCACUUUGGCCUGCGAGUAAUGGACACGGCGUAAAGCAAUGCCCACCUUUCACCAGUGAGGACCCCAGGAUGCAUCCCAGGUGCACAGAGGUUAGGUUCCAAAGAGCCAUCUCCCUCAGUGGAAGAAGAGUGGAGGAUCCUGGGGCCCUGAGGAUGGGACAGCAAGGAUGAGUCAGGAGAGCUGUCUAUUGACCCAGAAGAAAAUAAAUCAUGUGCGUGUGUGUGUUUGCA